CCUCAGUGCCGCCCGGCCACGACUAUAAACAAGCAGUGCUAAGUUUGCAGUUUCACAGCGUUCAGAUAACCACACGUGAUUUCACAGUACGUAUUGAGAGCCGAGGAGUCAUCUGUUUGCAAAACCCCUGCGAACUCUACAAUGACCUGACCAGUGAACCCCCACUGUCCAUCACUAUUCAUCUUCUGAUGUGGAUCAUGAAUGAUAAACUGGUCUUCUUGGGCCUGCUGUACUUCGUCCAAGGCAUCCCCUAUGGUCUCCAGUCUUCCUUGCUUCCAGUCUACCUGCGCGGGGCCGGGCAUUCUCUGACCCGCAUCGGUUUGACCAAGAUCCUCUAUUUUCCCUGGGUUCUCAAGGUUCUCUGGGCCCCCUUGGUGGACCGGGUGGCCACCAAGCGUCGCUGGCUGGUAGCAACGGUGUCAGGAUUGGCACUAACAUGUCUCUCCAGUGCGGCCCUGGCUCCAGAGGCGCAUAUCUGGGGGGUGGCUGGGACCCUGCUGGCCAUGAAUACUCUGGCCUCUGUUCAGGAUAUCGCUGUCGAUGGUGCAGCAGUGGGGCUGCUGAAAGGUCGUGGGGAGCUGGGCCUGGGUAACACCGCCCAAGUUGUGGGCUAUAAAGCUGGAUCUGUGUUCGCGGGAGGAGGACUGCUGGCGGUGAUCGACGUGGCGGGAUGGAGUUGGAUGUUCAUGCUGCUGACGUUCGUGUAUGCAGGUGUUGCACUCUUUGUGUGGGGGGCCCCAGUGCUGGACGAUGAAGCUAUUAAGGUCCAGCAAACAGAUGGCAGCAGACGCGGACAAACAUCUGAUGCUAUGAGACCGUGGACGGUGUGGCGCAAGCUACUGGCUGUCCCUGGAACCACCUGGACGGUCCUGUAUGUGCUCACAUACAAACUCGGUGAGCAGGGAGCAGUGACCAUGUUUCCUCUCUUCCUGUUGGAUCAUCACAUGACAGCCAGGGAGCUCGGCUUCUGGAAUGGUGUCGUCGCUAUGGGCUUCUCCAUCUGUGGCUCCUCCUUGGGAGGGUUGCUGCUCGCCCAGUUCAGCAUCGGCUCGCUGAUGCGACGUGUGUUUGUGUUGAGAACCAUCAGCAUGGUGUUCCAGAGUUCCCUGCUCACUGUGCUGGAACCUUCGCCGCUAAUGAAAGCCAUGGCCGUCCUGAGCAUGAGCAUUCAGCACUUUCUGGGGGGACUCAUCACCACGCUCACCUUCACGACCAUGAUGCACUGCACACAGAGAGCUGAGGAAAGCAUUCAGGCGACCCACUACAGUUUCCUGGCCACUCUGGAGGUCCUGGGUAAGCUCACCUUCAGCGCUCUGGCUGGAGGUGUGGUGGACACGUUUGGCUUCCAGGUGUCCUUCCUCUUCUUCCUCACCCUCUCCGCCGGCACUGCUCUGCAUGUGUGGACAGCCACCUUAACCGGCGCGCUGAGGGAACAUCAGAUCAAGGAGCCGCCCAAAUGAUUCCGGUGCUCGACGUGGAUUCUGACGCUUCAUCACUUGACAUGCGUUUACUUUUAUGGCCAUGUGUGAAGGAUAUCAGCCAUCAGAACUUGGGUUUGAAUUUGCACAUUUUCCUCUCUUUCUUUGUGCUUACUUGAGUGCUAUGAAUAUUGAAGGCCGACUCAUAAAAGAUGCCAUAUAUCUAUGAAACUUGUAUUAGCAAUGUAGACUAGAGGAAAAGCCGCCAUUAAAGAUGAUGGCAGUGAACUUUUUUUUUUUUAUUUAAAAUUAGCUCAAUACACUUAAAUCAGGGGACUUUUCAUCAGGGGACAUAAGUAUUUAUUUUCUUGCAAUAAUUGUAUCAUCAUAUAUAUUUGUUUCUUCUUUUUCCACCUUUUCAAGUUAUUUGAAAAAUAAAUUGUUUUUAUUUUUAGUCAAACUAUUUUUGAAUUUCUAAAUGGUGUUCUGUUAUGCAUUGUACAAAUUACCUAUGAAAGAAAACUGAAUCUCAUGUCUGUCAUCGGAAAAGAGUGUCAAUCUGAGCUGACCUUUGAACACACUUCCUCUGCGUCGGGAGAACUGUUUCCUGACAACACGUCUUAAUAGCAUCUGAGCCUUCACUAGAGUUUGAGCAGCAAUAAGAGCAAUUUCCAUGAGGUGCACUGUGUGUGAAUGUUUCAUGGUUUACAGCUACUCCACUACCUCGUGCGACAGCAGCUGAGGAUGCACUCGCUGAGAGUAAAAACUGAGCCGCUGAGUUACACAAGCCACAACUCAUAUCGCAAGUGUUCAACGCCACAGACACACACAGAUGUAUUGACUGUAUCAGGAGCUUUUGAAGUAUCUACUAAGCCAAUGUGAUAACUGCUAAGAUUCCCAAACCAUAGAUAUAGUUGCAAAGUAUAUAAAACUGAAAAGUUGAUGAUGCUGCAUUCCACUUGUGUUGAGGUUGGAAGUGAGAGUGAGAAAUAGUGUCACGCUUAUCCAAAAUUGUACAAAUGACACACUGUAUUACUGAAAAUUGUAGCGUCACAUUAAGUAAACGUGAAUAUUUAGUAAGUACAGGCGAUUAUUUAGGCAGUAUUUAAUGAAGUAGCACUAUUUCUUACUGUAAUUGAAGACUGCUUUUGAUGGAAAAAAAAGACUAGAAAAGUAGCUGUUGACUGCACUGUACAUGAGCCUGCUGUUUCAUAUAUUUAUAGAGCAGAAGGCCACUUCUCCGCUGGUGUGAGCUCCCCUUUAACUGAACGUAAGAGUGGAGACCGAGUGGCUGUCACACAGGAAUUUGCCCGCACAAAUAAAGGUUCAACACUGGUGAUACAUCACUGAUCCAGCACUUGUUGCUAAGCACAUGUGUUUUAUCUCUGUCCUCUCGCACAUUAAAAGGCUGCUGAGUGAAUGCCAGAGUGUGUUUUUGUGUCUGCGUGACCUCUGAUAUUUGACUGUUGUCACUGGCUCCUCCGCCCCUCCCACCCUCACCCCGAGGCGAGGCUCUGUCUUUAAGGACCGUCUCACCUUUGAAAAUCCAGCGCGGAUUAUAGUGGCAGUGAACACAACACUGGCUGUGAGCGGCGCUGGCUGAAGGCGACGGGAGUGAAUAGAGCAUGUGUCACAGUAUCCAGCAGCAAUCCAGCUCUAAUGACACAACAAAUGCUGUGAAGGGGGAUUAGGCCAGAUUACACAGCCCCUGAAUACACCUCCACUUUACAGUUUCUCACCAGGCCUCAUUAUAUGGGAGGGAUGUUUGUAUAGCCUGGGCGGGACUGAAGACGGGGCGUUUCCUUCGCCGCUGCUCCUCAAGUCCAGGCUGCGUCGGUCACUCUGGUUAUUUAUUUGUUAUUGUUAUUUUAGCAUUUAAACUUGGAGGAAACGUGUUCGCUUCCAAACUCCUUUUGGAGGUACAUCAUGUGAAUAAACCAGUGUCAGUCUUUGUUUCUCCUCUUGCUGAAUACACAUUCUCUGUGUUAUCAAUACUUUUUAUAUCAUCAUCUUUGGUGUAUGGAAAAUACAGACAAAGCCACCUUUGCUUUGUGAAUGAUUUGUCAUUCAAACGAAAAUACUGUGACGUUUCACAUGUUUUGAGGUAAACAAUGAGCAAUAAAUGCUCAAUAAAGUCACAUUUCCAGGAUCAGUGAAGCGCCGGAGGAACACAUGUCAUGUAUUUAAAACAUAUUUGAAAGAACCAAUAAAAUAUGGACGCCACAUGAAUGAAAAAAAAACCAUCAAUAUCAUGUUUGUUAUGAACUGUUCCAUUGAGCGAGCAGCUAUUAGUGACACAUUAACUGUUGACAAGGUAGAUUUCGAUGACACUGGAAAUGUUUGUGUUUUAUUUUGGAUAGCACUAUUGAAUCAAUGUAUUUUUAAUUCUAUUAUUAUUUA